UACUGACUUACGGACCAAUGGAGAAUAUUCAUACCUGUGGAGACAAUGAGUUCGGUCCUCAAGCCAGCCAUGGUUGUCGCGGCGGGUUUGACUUCACCUUACUCUUCGAAGAAUGUUUUUUCUCAAUUGCGCCCUCAAUUCUGCUCUUGCUCAUUCUUCCCGUUCGUUGGAAGCAGCUGCAACCAGGGCGGAUUCGUAAGGUCUCGCAAAGCUGGCUCUACUGGGCCAAAUUGGGCCUCGGACAAGCAUUUGGGGCAACUCAACUAGCAUUACUGAUUAUUUGGCUCUUGCCGCAUGCGCCACGAACACGAGCAUCCCUACCAGCUGCGGCCUUGUCUUUCGCGACCUCACUUGGCCUAUUGCUUCUGUCGCAUUGGGAACAUCUCUUCUCUAUCCACCCUUCCCACAUUCUCAAUCUUGCUUUAUCUGUGUCCCUUCUUCUCGAUGCGGUGCGCGCCAGAAGCUUAUGGCUUGCAUCCAAUACUGCUAUCGCGGGACUAUAUUCAGCAAGUAUCACAAUCAAGGCAAUUUGGUUUUACUUGGAGUCGCGCUCAAAGCGUGCGCUACUGAAACAUGGUGAAGUUCAGUACGGCAAUGAGGAGAUCACUGGUCUCUACAGUCGCGCCUUUUUCUGGUGGACAAAUCCCUACCUUUUUCUAGGAUUCAAGUCUCUGUUCUCCAUCGACGAUCUGCCGCACCUUGACAGAAGCCUAUCCGCUGAUGUACUCCAUAAGCAGUUGAAUAGGUCAUGGAAUCGUGCCUCAAAACGUUCGCACAAUGCUUUGGCUUACUGCACGAUGUACACUUUCAAUUCCUCGAUCAUCUGUUCUUUCAUUGCAAGACUAGCAGUUAUUGGACUAAGCUACUCGCAGCCGUUCCUGAUAACGGCAUUGACGGACUAUGUCGAGGACACCAAGCCUGACCGGAACAAGGGAUAUGGCUUGAUCGGCGCGUUUGGACUAGUCUUUUUGCUCAAAGGGAUCUUCAGUUGUCUCUAUCAGCAUCACAAUUACCGCCUGAUAACAAAAGUCAGAGGCGCAGUGGUGUCUUUGAUUUACCAGAAGACCCUGACUCUGCGAUUCGAUGAGUACAGCGAGUCAGCUGCCUUGACUCUAAUGAGCAAUGACAUCGACAAUAUCGCGUUUGGGAUUCAAAACAUGCAUGAAGCGUGGGCUAGCCCCGUGGAAACCGGUAUCGCUCUGUACCUGUUGCAGCGGCAAGUCUCCUGGGCAGCGGCCGUUCCUGCCUUUGUUUCUCUCGUGGCUAUGCUAUCUACGCACCACCUCUCUAGCUCAAUGCCUGGUCGGCAGAAAUCAUGGAUGCAGGCCAUACAGCAAAGAGUAUCGUUUGCCUCUAGCUAUCUGAAUGCCUUUGUCCCCAUCAAGAUGUUGAACCUGCAUUCCCGUCUUGGACUCAUCAUCCAACAGUUAAGGGUCGAUGAGUUGAGCAGGGGGAAGAAGUUUCGCCAUGUUAUGGUCAAAAUGAAUCUGCUUGGUGGUGCAAUCACAAAUUUGAGUCCGGUGGUUACGUUGAGUAUCUAUGCUGCCAUUGCCCUUCAUACGGGUCGUGCCCCCUUGGAUGUGGCUGCGACAUUCACCACCCUCUCCAUUAUCUCUCUUUGGAGUACCCCGCUGUCAAACCUUGUUUACUCAGGACCUCGAGUGGCGGGAGCCCUGGAAAGCAUCCAGAGGAUUCAAGCCUAUCUCACAGCAGAUACCAAGCCCGAUCAUCGUACUGUCCAGCCACAGACCGGCACUGCCGCAUCCAAAUCAAUCCCAGUUGAAGUAUUAGCUGAAACUGCAGGAUCCAUCGAGCUUUUUCCUAAUCCAAGAAAAGGAGAGACGACGAAUGUUUCCACGGCUGAUCUAGUUCAUGCGUCUAAUGCGGACCUCGGCUGGACAAGCGCAUCGGAUCCUACACUAACGAAUGUGAACACCAGAAUUCCUGCUUCCUCCUUGACAGUGGUCGCUGGACCAAUUGGCUCUGGUAAAAGCACACUACUGAAAGCAUGUCUUGGCGAAGUGCCUUGUCUCAAGGGCUCUAUCCACAUCAACGUUGCCAACGUCGCGUAUUGCGGUACGAAGACAUGGAUCCGUAACCGCUCGAUUCGGGACAACAUCUGCGACCCUCUCCCGUAUGAAGAGGAGUGGUACCGCACUAUUCUUCACGCGACAGCUCUCGAUCGCGACAUCGAUGCUCUGCCUGAGAAAGACCUUACGGACAUUGGCAGCAACGGCAUCUCAAUGAGUGGUGGACAGCGGCAGCGAGUUGCCAUUGCUCGUGCAGUGUAUGCGCGGACUAAACUCGCCAUCUUUGAUGAUGCAUUCAGUGCUCUGGAUGCUGCCACCGCUGCUCAGGUCUUUGCCCGCGUGUUUGCCUCUGACGGUAUCCUACGUCGCAACGGAGUUGCGGUGAUAUUGGUGACACAUGAGUGGAAUCAUCUAGCUCAUGCUGAUCAUGUCAUUUUCAUUGAUCAAGGAACGAUCGUUGAGCAGGGACCUCCUCAGAUCCUCCAGAAAUUGCGAGAUCAUGUCAUGCAGAAAGAAGCCAACGACAGAUCCCUUCUGCAGAACAAUUUGUUUCUAGAGCAACAGAAACCCCGGUCCAGCAAUCCAAUAGACUCUGACGACGUCUUAGCACGCCAUAAAGGAGAUUUGCACGACUAUGCUUACUAUUUUCGCACGUCGGGCGGGUGGUCAAUGGUGCUUUAUGCAGGAGCGCUGGUUGUUGGUCUCUUCAGUGCGCAAUUCACAAGUCUCUGGGUUCAGUGGUGGGCGGAGACGAACGAAAAAACCCCAUUCGGACACCUGGCGCGGUAUAUCGGCAUUUACACUUUCUUAGCAGUGGCCGCAGCAGCCCUCUGGGCCUACUGCAUGUGGCUCGUCUUCUGUCGCAUCGUCCCCACGUCCUCAAGUCAACUCCACGAGCAUUUGGUGACCAAAGUCAAAGAUGCACCGCUAUACUGGCAUACAUCAACCGACACUGGUGUCAUCCUCAACCGCUUCAGCCAAGACAUGACAAUGAUAGAUCGGUCGCUUCCAGCAGACUUCUUGAAGACAUCCAAUUACCUCGUCCAGUGUGUCAUAAGCGUGGCGUUCAUUUGCGUUGGAGCAAAAUAUAUGGCCACGCUCAUCCCUGUCACCGUGUUUGUGAUUUACUGGAUCCAGAAGUUCUAUCUUCGCUCGUCUCGGCAGCUCCGACAUCUGGAGCUGGAAGCCAAGUCACCACUGUACACCCAGUUCACCGAGACUCUCAGUGGUCUUAUAACUAUCCGUGCCUUUGGCUGGCAGGAUAACUUUGAGGCGGAGCACAGGGACUUACUGCAGAUAUCCCAGCGACCGUACUACUUCCUGUUCGUCAUUCAACGCUGGUUGACUCUUGUUCUAGAUCUGCUUGUCGCGGCCCUGGCAGUCAUGUUGGCUGUUUUCGCGGUCUUUGUGCCCCAUACUGGCCCAAUCGGAGUCUCCCUCAUAUCCCUCAUCACAUUCAACGAACAACUCGCCGAGCUUAUCAACUGCUGGGCAUCCCUAGAUACGAGCAUAGGCGCCAUAUCUCGGAUACGGAGCUUUGGAAAGGUGCCCACCGAGCAUCUUUCUCACGAAACCCAAAAUCCCCCUCUUACAUGGCCUUCAGAAGGCUCAAUCACCUUUCAGAAUGCGACCAUGGCAUACGCACCAACCGCCUCCCCCAUUCUCCGAAAUAUAACACUAACGAUCCCCGCUGGUUCCAAGCUAGGCGUCUGCGGCCGCACAGGCAGCGGCAAAAGCUCUCUCCUCCUAGCCCUCCUGCGCAUGAUCGAGAUCCGAAGCGGGGAUAUCAGUAUCGAUGGCGUGAGUCUACAAUCCUGUCCGCGAGAUAGCAUCCGCAGCAAAAUCACCGUGAUACCUCAGGAACCAGUCCUAUUUCCCGGCACGGUCCGUGAGAACAUUACCACGUUUCAGACCAUGGAUGAUGACAGGGUCCUCCGUGCUAUGGAGAAAGUCCAGCUCAGGGAGCACAUUGCAGCCCAUGGUGGUCUUGACACGGGCAUAGAAGACUUGCCGUUGUCCGCGGGUCAGAAGCAACUGCUCUCUUUAGCGCGGGCUAUUCUCUCGAAACAGAAGAUUCUCCUGCUAGAUGAAGUAACGAGUCAUGUGGAUGUUGAGACGGACCGGCUUGUGCAACGGGUUAUUCGGGAGGAGUUCCGCGGAUGUACUGUUAUUGCCGUUGCGCACCGCGUGCACACUUUGGUGGAUUAUGAUCGAAUUGCGGUGUUUGAUGGUGGUUGGGUAGUGGAGUAUGAUGCUCCGUCGGCGUUGCUUGGACGUUCGGGGUCGGUGUUUGGGCGGUUGUAUGAUCAGACGCGAUCUGCAAGUCAUUAGCUUCUGGCUGUCACAUACUUGCAUAAUAAACUGUAUCUAACGCCUCGCAGGACUACCGUAUUUGCCAGAUUGAUUACACUCGGUGUCCAUAUUGGUUACGCUUGACUGAGUAAAUUGUAGUCAAUACCAC